AAAGUAUGCAAUGCACCUCCCAUGUGCCCCCGCCCACCGCCGCCGCCAACGGACACGACAAGACGGUCGCGCGACGGUCGAGACACCGCCCGCCUCUCCCACGUUCAACCCGCACCACCGCAUCCUCGCGUGCUGCGCGGCCGCCUGUCACAGACUACAGUGCCACGACCUGCGACAGUACUGCGCUGUCGUGUCCCCGCCGCUCCGUCACCGCGACGUACCGCCCGCCACCGCCCUCUGGUGAGUCGUCCCCGUCCCUUGUCCCUCUGCGCGUCGUACCCGCACCGCUCCUUCCCCGUUCGCGCGCCCUCUCCACCCUCUACAUGCCGUGACGCGGCCUUGCCCCGCGCCCGCACCUCUCUCUUCCUCCCAUCACCUUCCCUGCGUCACUCCCGCCAUCCUCACUGCCGUCUCCGCACCUCUCCCGUCCUCCCAUGCACGAACGCCAUCGUCGCGGCCUCCGACUUCUCCGCGGCUACCCUCGCCUCUCGCACACCCUCGCUGCCUGCAUCCUUACCUGCACUGCCGCCCUCGUUCGACUCGCGCCCAACACUGCUUCCGGCCUUGCGUGGGUUGGCAUCUGCAGAGGCCUCCACUCAUGGUCGUGACAAUGGGUUCCACGACGAGGUGAGUGGCGAGACUGCACUGAGACACUGACUGUUUGUUCAGCGUGCCGGCACAUCAAACAUUCACUGGCAGCCUGCACGCACACCGAAUGUCCAGCCCGCCCAUGCUUCACGCGUCCAGCCCACCCAUUCCUCACGACUCCAGCCCGUCCGCGCAUCGCGCGGCGCAUGUACGGACCACUCGCACACCCGACGUCUGGCUUGGCGCGUUCCAACAAUAUCCUCGCACACGUCGGACAGCUCGAACGGGCCUUCGUCUGUCUCGUGCGCCCCGGGUAUGCCUCCACAGAUGCAGCUCAAGCUCAGCAUGCUCGAUGAGCUCGCCGACGCUGCUCGUCCCGCCCACACACAUCAGCUGUUGGCUCGCACGGUUCUGUGCCACCAUCCUCAUGGAGCCGUUUGUCUAUCACUGGGUCGCUGCUCCUGACGGCGUGCAAUCCAAACUGACCGUUUACUUAUGCUGUUGUGGACCACGGCGAACGUGCCCCCCGCCUGCGCGCUUGCUGA